GCUCCUAUUGGCUUAAAGGAACAUCAAUCACUACGACACGUAAUCCUAUUGGUCCACACUCUUAGGUAAACAAGGUGAACACAGUCGUUGUGUGAUUCUGCAGGAGGCGUCACAUGGGAAAUAAUACUUUAACCUGACGGUCAAACUUUCUACUUUCUCCUUGAACCUUUUACACAGUUCUGGAGCAGCCAACAGACAGCAUGGCGAAAAUCGGCCGACUCGCCACCAAAGACUCGGUUCUCUUCCUGUGCGACAUGCAGGAGAAGUUCCGACCCAACAUCUUCCAGUUCAACAACAUCGUCAGCAACGCAGCCAGACUGCUGCAGGCCAGUCGGGUUCUGGGCAUCCCCCCCAUCCUGACCGAGCAGUACCCUAAAGGUCUGGGACCCACCGUGCCGGAGCUGGGAGCAGAAGGUCUGACGGCUCACGCAAAGACGUCCUUCACCAUGAUGAUCCAGGAGGUGGAGAAGCAGCUGCAGGAGCUGGGGAACCCCAAACAGGCCAUCCUGUGUGGGAUUGAAGCUCACGCCUGCAUCGCGUGUACGACCUACGACCUGCUGGAGAAGGGGGUGGAGGUUCACAUCGUGGCGGACGCCGUCUCAUCCAGAAGCCAGACGGACCGGCUGUUCGCUCUGUCCAGGCUGAAGCAGAGCGGAGCUUUUCUCACCACCACAGAGGCCGUCCUGCUGCAGCUGGUCCAGGACGCCAAACACCCCAACUUCAAGGAGAUCCAGAAGCUGAUGCUCCACCCGUCUCCUGACACCGGCCUGCUCACCUUCUUCAGCGCUCUGUAGACGGGUCAGCCGGGUUCUACCGGGUUCUACUGUACAGAACGUCCCUCAGUCUGCGUUGCUAAUAAAAGCCAAGCUGCUGCCUCA